UUCCUAUUGGCCUUGUUAAUUACAAGCAGACAAAGCGUGCAACCUAGAUGAAGGAGACGAGAAGGCUUUUAAUUUCUGACAUGCGGAAAUAGCAGCUCAUUAGACACACAGAUCCAAUCCUGUCCUGAUCAACAGCGCGUUAUCAGAGAGACUCCUUCAUCUCGCUCUUCAGCCUGUUGCCUCCACACAAGCCGACAUCAUCAUGGGCCCGACGGGGAUUUGCUGCAUCGCUUCUGUACUACUGAUUGCUUCUGCUGCAGAUGAAAAACACGAGUCUCCACCAGCUCUAACCUGCGACGUUGCAAAACAACCCAACGGGUUAAUCAACUACGAACUUUCUCGACUGCCCAGUUCACCCAGCUGUAGGCCGAACUGGGAAACAGUGAACAAGACUGUGAUCGUCAGUGAGGCGUUUACAUUUGAUCAACAGCUUGUGCAGAAUGUGACCAAACAGUCCGUCUUCCUCAAAGAGUGCCACGGCUACCUGCACUACAGGGAGAACUGUGAAGGGGUCUUUAAGGAAGCCCAUUGCAGAGUGAACUGCAGCCGUCUUUUGGACAGUGGCGUUCAUCCAACCACCCUGAACUCCACCUCUGGGAACUCCACCUCAGUGAACUCCACAUUGGCCUGCUUCUUUGGGAGUUGGUGUCCAGAACAGUGGCUAACCAUUUUUCUUGCUGUCCUUGCUGUCAUUGUUAUUCUUAUUGCCAGUGUCUUCGUGGUUCCGUACCUCUGCAAACUCUUCAAAUGCAUUAGAAGAAAAUCUGCAGCCACGACAGCUUCAUGCACUCCUGCAAAUGAGCAGAUUAAAGUGGAGCUUGUGACCUUAGUGUGAUAAUAAGAACUGUCCAAUGAUAAUAAUUAUAAAUAAUAUUAUAUUUUAUAACACUUUCCUAACUUAGCGUAAAAUAAAGACUAAUUAAGAUAAAAUAGAAAUAUAUAUAUAUUAUAUAAGUUUGCUCAGGUUCCAGUUAAGAAGUCCAGAAAAUAAUUUUCCAUUUUUCCCGGUGCUUUAGAUUUUCUAUGUGAAUUUACAGCAGUUUUAUAAAAGUAUUUAAUUUUUUUACAUAUUAUUUUUUCAUUUACUACGUAAAUUGACUAAACAGUUAACUGCUUCUCUUUUGUGGAGCUGUGUUAGAGCAGGGAAUGUGAAACUGAAUGAUGUGACAAGCUACCGUUGGCUAUCCGUUCUCUCAAAAGGUCAAGAUUGUCAUAACAGUUUGCAAAUAAGCAAACUGUCUGAAUGUCAAACGGCACUGAAACAGUUUUACUUCCCUUCAGCCUCAAUUCCAGCUAAAUUACAGAUUUAGCUCUGAAAUAUUGUUAUAAAUGCUGGUGUGACUGUGCACACAGACGUUAUGGGACAGUUUUGUAAACUAAAAAAGUUGGUUAUGUUAGUCUGUUAACUUGUUUCAGGUUUUUUGUGAAACAAUCUUGCCAUAUCCGCUCAAAGAUUUAUUUUUAUCUUUGAGGUUUGUGGGAGAAGUCACGAGUGAAGUUCAUUGAGAAAAACUCAAAAGACUUUCGCAAGCGCUCACGGACUUCCCCUCCCCCUCAUUUUCAAUCCCGUGCUCCUCUCUGACGCUGUGCUUGUCAUUUAAAGUACACUGCCAGUCUUUGCUUCUCACGUUAGAGCAUGGACGCGGAGAGAUGUAGUCUGGUUACAAAGGAGCUGGUCUCGUUUUUCAGAUUUAGUGCCCCGACACACCAAGCUGUCCUCAAAGAAUUGGACGACUCCUGAAAAGACCUGCUAUGGCUGCGUCUACUCAGCCUUAGCAGGUCAUUUCAGUGAAGACAUCUGUCCACAGUGAAACACCUGGACAAUAAAAACACGGCUAAAUCUUCAAAUUCACAAUAAUUUUCUUCCCAUUUUUCUGUUUCUGCUGUCAGACAACUACAUGAGUACAAAUAGUGAUUUAUUUUCACAUAGUGCCGUGGCGACCAACGGCUGAAACAGAAAGAAAAAGAUGCAAAGUAACAGCAGAUAAUUUAAGUUAAAUUACUGCAAAUCAGAAACGAGAGAAGUCGUUUGAGGAGACGGUGUGUACGACCCUUGAACCGGUUGAGGCAGAUGGAGGAGGAAAUGCAGUUCUUGGUGGUCUGCGUCGCCGUGACGUGUAGUUACAGUUGCGUAGGGUACGGAGUACCUACAGCGUAGAUUUGACGCAGAAGUAUAAAUCGGCACUCUGACUUGGGGGGAUUAUUGGCCUUUUUACACCUUUUUUUAACUUCCCCAUGUCCUCCUACCUUUAACGACAGUAUAGGUUGAUUGUCAAGUGUCCAAAAACACAUAAACCCCGGUAAGGCCCACAUGUCCACCACAACCACCUCCUUAUUCAGACUUUACUGAGGCUUUUAGCAUUUAAAUUUCACGCUAUAAAGGGAUCUCAACUAUGCGUCCAUGUGUGACGACUUGGGAAUAUAAACGGGCUAGUUGGUUAGGUUUAGAAAAAGAUGGUGGUUUGGGUAAAUUUUGACUUUCUUCCACACGGGAACAUCGGUCUCCGGUGUGAAAGUCCUGAGUUAACUUGACUUGUCGUGUCGCGUACUGGAAUUCGCUGCCUUACGGAAAACGUGAAUAUGGGUCAUAAUAAGCUGCUGCAUAAUCGACCUAUACGGCCAUUUUCAGUAAAAUCUCACAAUAAUAUUAAGGUCGGGAUCAUGUAUCUGUUAUUUUCUUGCAAAUGUUAAAAGCUAAACUGGGAAUCAGAUUAGAUGAAAUACUAUCGAACCCCGACCCCACCCCCAGCCGUGGUGGUUAGCUGUAAACGGGGGACCGCGGCCCGACAGUCCCCAGUAGCCAGUGGUUGGCUUGGUGUGUCAGGGCUUUCAGCUCCAAUGACUGCAACAAUUAAACAGGCUUUGAAUCCUAAAUCCCGAGUGUCGCCAGCCUUCGAUUAUAGUGGAGGAUAAAAAAGGUCAGAGGUCAUGGAACCUACAAAAAUGUAGGAUAAAUAUUCCAGUGACCAAAACAAUGAUCCAUGGUCGACAGAAAUGGGAAAAAUAAAAAUUAAGUGAAGAUCUUUUUCAUUCAGGUCAUCUGACUGGAAGAUGCGUUUUCAGACAGUGACUGCUGAUAAUGAUAUUGAUCUUCCACUGUGGAAGUCGGGAGAUUUAUUUAUAAUAAUAAAUAAGGUCAUAUUACCUGAUAACUCUCUGUACAAUGCAGAAAGUUUAAUGUGUGAUAUUAAGACUCAUAUGAAUGCGCAUGUUUUCCUGCAUAGCUCAGUUUAUAUCAGUUAUUUCUCUCCAAGGCGAGUUCUUCUACUCGUUUGUUAUCAUGUCGGACUGCUUGGCAGUCACCAUGCUCCUGUGCCGGCUGUACAGCCAGAAGCUUUCUGCUUCUGUUUGGUUGGUGCUACCAAUUUAAAUAUCAUUGUACAGACUUAGCAGCUAUAGGACCGGGCUUUCUAAAGACUAGUUGGUGCAACCCGCUCCUGGAUUUGGGUGAACAUACCCAGUGUAGGAUCAAUAAAAUCUUAAAUUGAUUUCUAGUUUUACAUGAUUUCAGUAGAGGGUCCAAAGCCAUCCUUUUUUAAAUUUUAUUUCCUCUUUGAGGUCAUUAUAUAUUCUUGAUUUAUUGUGGUUUUGUUGGGGGGGACUUCCCUUUUAUAUCUGAUCGUCAUUUUAUCUGAGUUUCUUUUGGUGUUGGUAUCUUUGACAGGAAACAAGUGUAAAAGUCAGUCAUGUGCUUUAAAUAUGUUGAAAAAGUUGUGAAUCAUGUGGAACCAGAGUUUAACUAAAGCUGCAUUAAUCCAGCACCAUUAAGCCUUUUGACAACACAACACUGUUUUAUCCGACCAACAGUCCAAAACUCAAAGAUUUACACUUUCACAUAUAAUAGAGAAAAGCAUCAAAUCUGGACAUUUGAGAAGCUGAAACCAGCACAUACACAUCUGGCAUAUUUUGCUUUAUAAAAAAAAAAAAAAAGGACAAUUAAUCAAUUGAGUAGUUGCCAUAACACUGGGACUGAGCAAAACCGUAAAUGUGCAGCAAAACCAAAAGUAGGAGCUAAAAGAAGCUAAAAGCUCUGGUUUCAUCACCACAAGUGGCUCCUUUUGAUCCCUUCUCAGGAUAUUGAUUAAUGCAGCUUUAAAAACUGGGAACCGCUGGUCGGGUUGUUUUAAAGUUUGCAGUCUGUGCUCAUGUUGUCCAGAGGAAACGUUUCCUCUGUUUAAAUGUAAAUGUUUAAUUCUUAUUUUAACUGACUAGAGCUUAGUUUAAUGAAGAUUAAUAUAUCGCUUUUUUCAGAGUAUGAUAUAAACAUUUAUUUUUGUUGGCUCUGUACACAUCAGAAUGAAUGACUGGGGCAUGAUAUUGCUUGCAGUUUAUCUAAAUGGCUUUAUUUCUGCCGCAGUGCUAAAUAAAAUGUUUUAAAAUGGC